UUCAUCAUACACUCACUCGCCACUCUCCUCCCAACAUCCCCUCUCUCCUCUCUCUUUCAACAAAAACAAAAACCUUCAUUUCCCAUCUCUCUCCCCCCUGUCCUCCAUUAUCUUUUAUGUUUUGCCUUUUCUCUUUUAAAGAGGAGAGAGAGAUAGAAAAAAACAAUGCCUAUGUAUAAUGGUGUGGAAACUAGUACCAAAGGAGACUCACCGGACGGCCCAGAUCGAUCCAAAGCUCCUCCUCCUCGAGAUUCUCGUGACCUGCCAUCUUUAAUGUUGUCUUCAUGUUAUCCUAUUACUCUCAAGUUUAUGGAAGUAGGGUAUAGAGUGAAAUUUGAGAACAGGAACAAAGGCAGCAAUAUCAAGAGGAUUUUAGGCCAUGAACCCACAAUUUGUGAUCAAAUUCAAGAACGUACAAUCUUGAAUGGGAUCACUGGCAUGGCAUCCCCAGGGGAAAUCCUUGCCGUCCUUGGUCCAUCUGGAAGUGGAAAAUCAACCUUUCUCAAUGCCCUUGCUGGGAGAAUCCAAUCAAACAGCUUCACAGGAACAAUCCUUGCAAACAACAGAAAACCAACAAAACAAAUAAUGAAACGCACUGGUUUUGUUACUCAAGAUGAUAUUCUCUAUCCCCACCUUACAGUCCGUGAAACCCUAGUCUUUUGUUCCUUACUUCGCUUACCAAAAUCACUAUCAAAACAAGAAAAGACUUUGGUAGCAGAGUCAGUCAUAUCCGAGCUGGGGUUGACAAAAUGUGAGAAUACAAUAAUUGGAAACAGUUUCAUACGUGGGAUUUCUGGUGGGGAAAGAAAGAGAGUGAGUAUAGCUCAUGAGAUGCUGAUAAACCCUAGUUUGCUCAUUCUUGAUGAACCCACGUCAGGCUUGGACGCAACUGCGGCUUACAGGCUGGUUUUGACAUUAGGUUCACUUGCACAAAAGGGAAAGACUAUUGUUACAUCCAUGCAUCAACCUUCAAGUCGAGUUUAUCAAAUGUUUGAUUCAGUUAUGGUGUUAAGUGAAGGAAGGUGUUUGUAUUUUGGCAAGGGAAGUGAAGCUAUGUCUUAUUUCGAAACAACUGGAUACUCACCGUCUUUCCCCAUGAAUCCUGCUGAUUUUCUCCUUGAUCUCGCUAAUGGCGUGUUCCAAACUGAUGGUGUGAGUGAAAGAGAUAAGCCGAACGUAAAGCAAUCUCUCAUUGCAUCUUAUAACACCUUGUUGGCUCCGAAGGCUAGAGCUGCCUUCAUGGAGACAAAAGAGAAUGGUAUUGGAAGCUUUAAUUCCAAAGAACAUAGAAGCAGCGACAGAAUUAGCAUUGGCGCUUGGUUCAACCAAUUCAGCAUUCUUCUUCAGAGAAGCCUCAAAGAACGGAAGCACGAGUCAUUCAAUACCUUGAGAGUCUUCCAAGUAAUCAUGGCUGCAGUAUUUGCCGGUCUAAUGUGGUGGCACUCGGAUUUUCGAGAUGUUCAAGACCGUCUGGGUCUCCUCUUCUUCAUGUCAAUUUUUUGGGGGGUCUUCCCAUCUUCCAACUCCGUGUUUGUUUUUCCUCAAGAAAGAGCAAUCUUUGUGAAGGAAAGGGCCUCCGGUAUGUACACUCUUUCUUCUUAUUUCAUGUCGAGAAUAGUCGGAGACUUACCAAUGGAGCUCAUCCUCCCCACAAUAUUUCUUUCUGUGACUUAUUGGAUGGCCGGAUUGAAACCGGAAUUGGGUGCUUUCCUUUUGACUCUUCUGGUUCUACUUGGCUACGUGCUCGUCUCUCAGGGUCUUGGCCUUGCUCUAGGUGCAGCAAUAAUGGAUGCUAAACAAGCUUCAACUAUAGUUACAAUCACAAUGCUAGCAUUUGUCUUAACUGGAGGAUUUUACGUGCAUAAGCUGCCUUCAUGCAUGGCUUGGAUCAAGUACAUUUCCACAACAUUUUACAGCUACAAGCUACUUAUCAAUGUCCAAUAUGGUGAGGGCAAGAGACUUUCAUCCUUGUUGGGCUGCUCACUACCUCAUGGAAGUGACAGAGCAAGUUGUAAGUUUGUUGAACAAGAUGUUGCAGGGCAAAUUAGCCCGGUAGUUAGUGUUAGUGUCCUGAUAUUCAUGUUUGUGGGGUAUAGAUUAUUGGCUUACCUCGCGUUAAGGCGCAUAAAAGCUUAAUAAGUUGUACUUCUCUAAAAGGUUCUUGUUACUUCCAAGUCCCUAACUAUAAUUCUUCAAAUCAGAGAAAAAAAAUGUUAUUAAAAAGAAAGUUUCACAA